AUGCAACAAAUAUAAAUACAAACUGCCACUCAAGAUAAAGCUGCAUAUAAUAGAAAUGCAUAAAAAAUUAUUGAUAAACUAAAAGCCAAUGAUGUUGAUUUCAUUGAUGCUACUCUAGAAUAUUCACUUUAAGUUUUUACUUCUAAUGAACCACCUUUAAGGAAAUUAUUACUUUUGCGAGUAUAAAAUAUCAUAUCUUAGCUUAUCAAAGAUGCCAUUGUUAUCAAAUCUGCUAAAUUCAUAAAUAAAUACAUUUAAAGUCGACCAUUAUUGACAUUUAUUGGAAAUAUAUGUACUCAUAAAUUAGGUGAUUCCAAUCCUAAUAGAGGAGCUGAUCUUUUUUAAGGAUAAGGUUCUAUAAUACAAUUCCAAUUUAGAUCCAUAAUCAAGCAUAGACUUUUUAAACUUAGCCUUAGAAUUAGUUGAAUAUCUUGCAAAUACAUUUCCUAAAGAUUCAAAAGGAGCUCCUACCAAAUUCAAAAUAUAAUAUGAUGAAUUAUUAUAAAUGGGAGUACAUUAUUCAUAUUAAAACAUUAGGUUAAAUUCCCUCCUUAAUCAAGUCUUAUUUUACCAUUUGAUCCUAAUAAAGCUUCUCAAGAACCUAUUCAAAAAUAAUCUGAUAAUAAAGGAGAAAGAGAUAAAACCAUGCUUGAACUUAGUAACUAUUUAUGUUAACUUUAGAUAAAAGCAAAUAAAGUAUUUAUUAAGAUAUUCAAAUGAUUAAUGAAUCCUUGGUAGAUAAUUCUGAUAUGACAUAUAUUAAUGAGGUCUUAGUCACAUAUAGUGAAUCUAUGAAUUAAGUUGAAUAAUCAUUUACUAUUCUUAUUAAUAAAGCUUAACAAUAUGAUGGUGUUUUAAAUGAAGAUGAAUUAGCUGAAUUAUAUGCUCUUAAAGAUUUUGUUGAGAAAUUCUAAAAAUAUUAUUAUGGUUAUCUUGAAGGGGAAUGUACUAAUGAAGCUUAUAAUGCUUUAAAAAAGAAAACUUUAGCUCAUAUCUAAAAAAUAUAAAAUAAAGAUUUUGAUUAUCCUCCUCCAUAAUAACAAUUAAAAAAAUAAUCACAAUUACAAUAAAUUAAUUAAUACUAAUAUUAAGAUGAAGAUGAAUAAUUUAAAAGAGCUAUUGAAGAAUCUAAAAUACAAUAAUAAAGUUCAUAAUUAGCAUCCAAACAAUUGGAAGAAUAAAAAAAAUAAGAAUAAAUCAAAAGAUAAUAUGAAGAAGACUAACGUCAAGCAAAACUUAGAGAAGAAUAAGCUGCAUUGUAAAGAUUAAAAGCAGAAGAAGAAAGAAGAGAUAAAGAAAAAUUAGAAUAAAUUAAAUAAGAAUAAUUAAGAUUGGAAGAAAAAAAAAAAGAAUAAUUAAGAUUAGAAUAAAUAAAAUAAGAAAAAAUUAGAUUAGAAGCAUAAUAAUUAUAACAAUAAUAACUUAAAGAAAAAGAAAUUGAAAAUUAUUGGUAAAAUUAAUUUUAAGCUCCUCAUCCAGAUAAUUAAUACAUGCCGUCAUCUAAAUUUGGAUCAAAUGUUAAUCCUUAGUAAUAUUAAUUUUCUUAAUUCUAAUAACAAUAAUAAUAUUAAUCAAAUAUUUAAUCAUCAUUAUAAUAAUAAAAGUAUGAUUAAUAAUAAAAUGGAAAUUUUAAUAAUGAAUAUAUUUAUUCUAAUGUAGAUUAAUAAAAAUAAUAAAAAUAACCUGUUAAAUAGACUAAUUAAUUUGAGCAAACCUAUAAUAAUUCUUAAGUUCAAAAUUAAAAUUAUUAAUAUGGAGGAAAUACAAGAGAAUAAUUUCCUAUGAAUCACAUAUCAUCUAACAUUAUGUAAAAAAAAGAAUUUGAUGAAAACUUUGAUGGAUUAAGUUAAUCUACAUAAACUCAAUAAUUUUACCCUUUAAAAAUGAAUCAGCAGAUACCUAUUAAGUAAUAUACCGGUAAAUUUGUUAAAUAUGAUAAUUUCUAAUUUGAAUUAUUGCAUAAAUAUGGUUUAUCGGAAUCACAAAAGAAACGUUUCAAAAUAGCUACAAUAACUGGCAAAGCAUCAUUAUUUAAUUCACCUUAACUAUAAGUAGGAAUUAAACAAACUUUGUAAUAUGUACCAUUGAAAGAGAAAAACUAUUUAAAACUAACUUUAUAUAUUGGUAAUAAAACUCAAUCAAAUUUUGAUAACUGUAAAAUGCUAUUUGAAGGAGAUAAUAGAUGUAAAUUACAUAACGAAUAUUUUAAGAAUUCUCAAUGUGGUUAAAACCAGAUAGGAUUGCAGAAAGAAUUCAAGCAGGAUAAUAAAUAUAAUAAGAAGUAAUUGGGAUAUUUAAAUAGUAUGAAAAUUAUAGGUUAAUAAAUGUAGUAUUUUAAGGUAAUGAAUAAAUAUUUAUAAAUUAAUAGCUGAGUGGGCUAACAAAUAGAUAUCAUCAUAAUUCUUUUUAACUACAACGUUAGUUUCAUUUAUGGAUUUCAAAGAUAUAAGUUUAUAAAUAUUUAGAACAAAAUGGAGAUUAAAGAAAUAAUAGAUUUUGAGAGGUGAAACAUUUUUAUUAAAUCCUAAAAUAGUGAAAACAGGGCAUUAUUUAAAAAAGUAAUUAACUAAAUAAAUCUAAGGAUAUUUCCAAAAUUAUGUGAAUUCAACUCAUAUUAAUAAUUUUAGGAUUAAUAAUUGGAUUACUUUAGUGAUCGAUAAAUGAAAUAUAUUUCUUAUAAGCUUUGUAUUUAAUAGAAAUUAAAUUAGGUGGUGUUUUUGAAUUGACAAAUGUGAAUUAAAAUUAUAUGAUAAAAUUUAUAGUUUUACCCAACAUGUAAUGCACAAUACAAAUAAUUGGAAGUAAUGAACAUUUAUGUAAAUAAAUGUUGAAUACACUUAAUUGGAUAUUAGGCUUAGAAUGA